AGUUUAUAUCUUUUAUUAACUUAACCUAUGGGUUUAUUCACCGUGACCUCUCCCUAGAGUCAUCAGAUUACUCGUAUAUGUUUCUUGUGAGCAAAUCUGAAAGUGGCUGUUCAAAUGAACCAGUGAUAAGCUUCUUCCCUUUGGAGAGAGAGCAUGUGUUAAUGUGUGUUUAAAUGUGUGAUGUGAGAUAUUUGGACAGUUUUCAGGUGGGGACAGGUGCACGACACUGAAGCAUAGAUCCUCCCCCGCAGUGGUACCACAAGAAAGGGAUUAGCUGCGCACACUGGCACUCCAGUCCAUCUGCCCUCAUGGCCAUCCGCUGGUGCAGAACUGUAAAGUAGUGCCAUCGAAACGGCAUAACAUUUCAAGUAAAAAACACCAAAUAACCUAGUGGAAAAGUCCCACAUAUAUUUGCGUUCAAUGAUAUUAAGUAGCGCCCCGGCUAUUGAACUGACAUAACAGGAUAGAAUAAGACAGUAGGGAAACAGAGAAUGACUGACAAAAGUGCAAUACAGUUGUGAGACAAUGAGUUAUUUAGUAUGUAAUUAUCGGCCAAAUGUAAAAUAAAGCGUGGGUACCUUGGUCACAGUGUCAGUCACAGAUUUACAAACAUAGAAUUAGAGUAUGAAAACCUAUGAGGGGAAAGUUAUAUUGACUGAAAGCUGUUCAAAAAAUGACCCCGUGGAGAGCUGAAUUUAUUAUUGCUUAUAGAUCGUAGACGCAUUUUGAGAGCAAGGCAAGGCUACGUCAAAGACGUAAGCUAUAUGGGCAUUUACCAAAACGCAAGCCCGUAGCCGCGCGCCAUGAUGCGCGCAGUCGCGGAAUCGAAAGGAGGAGCGCGUUCCCGAGAAUGCUCGGCGUUGUUUUAGAUGUCAUCCAGCACUUUGAUUAACAAAGCAAUGAUCUGUGCCGUCGGGAUGUUGUGUUUUUAAGAGAAAUAUUCUCAAUGCUUAGUGCAUUUUUUACGGUAGGCCUAGUUCUGUGGAUAUCGUUACAUUUUUACAUUGAGAAGCGGAGAAAUGGGUUCCGGUGACGGAUUUCUUUUUCAGUCAGGAAAUUCAGUGUUCAAGUAUCAUAUAACUUUGUGCUGUUGACCAUCAAGCCACGAUCACAUGGAAUAUCGUAACUCCGGGUGUCCGUUUACCGACGUGACACACCAUAACCUUCCAAAGGAACUUUGCCAGAGAAAAGCGGGUGUGUCUCACUUUUGUUGAGUUUUACCUUGCCGAAACACGCAUUAGACUUUGCCACGGAAAGGAGAGACGGACCUCGAACUUCUCCUAGGCUAGCCGUCAAUCAAAUUAAAUUAGCUGGAUUUGCCUUCCUGCAGUGGGAAACGAUAAGUCCAAGAUUGAUAUUUGGUUAUCACAUUUGGUUCGCAUGGUCACCGUUGGAUGUAUGCACUUAUCACUUUGUUAGAAUGUAUACUUCGAUCCGAGAAUGUUGCUCUGGAGCUAACAGCUGAAUUGGCGACUAACUUGCUGUCUAUGUUCUGCAACAGGAGAUAGAAUAGUUUCCUUUUAUUUGUCUGCUCUUCUAAACAUCGCGUAUUUGUGCAAUUUAAGAUAACGAGCGCUAGUUUACUUUUAAAACGUAGAAGAAACUGCCGAGCAUAAGCGCCAAAAACUUGCGCAGACCGAAAUCUGCAAAGUUAGCAGGAAAAGAAGCCAUCAAAAUCACGGAAAUCGCUUCGUUCCCUUUCCUCCAGUGAACUGUUGCAGAUGGAUUUCAUGAAAGCAACAUGAUGACUGUUGCAAUUUUGCUCUAGGUAAAUUUUCACAGACGUAACUUUGCGCAUAGGCCUAUAUAUGUUUAUGCAACAUUAGAGCUUUUGUUUACUUUUUGCAUUCCAGGCAGUAGUUACGAUAGGCCUACAAUGAAAUACCAACGGACGUCUCCCUUUAUGGAAAAAUGUUUGGGAUGAAGACAGGCUGGGAUUUGUUUGUUCUUUGAGCUCGAAAUACAAUGUAUCGAACUUUUGAUCCAUUCUCAUAUAAAACAGUUCCUUUCAUGUGACUUCAAAUACGUAUACAGGUAGGCUAAAGCCGACCAAGAAGACGCCUAGCAUACAGCUAACUUAGUGCUGAAUAUAAAACCAAAGUGAUUUUUGGUUGUCCGCAGACCUCGGAUGACACAUGACGGCCCGAGGGGCUCAAAAGCCCCAGCCAUGGCACACAGGGCAGUAGCCCUAGCGCUUCGUUAGCGCUACGUUUUUCGCCCGGAGGAUUCUAAAAUAUGACAUGGGACUCUUAAGGACCUCCGAAGUCCUGAGUCACUGAAACUUACCAGUUGAACUACCUGUCAGAAGAACCCUUUGUAUCUACAGUCAUUGAAACGGACGAGGGGCGUUCGCUAGACCACGUCCUUUUCCAAAGGAACCAUCCAAGCUGCAGGUCCAGAUAUCCAUGAGAGGGUGUUGGUAUGAACCUGUGACAUCCACCAGGCCUUUCAUGGGUGGCUGGAGCUGGGGGAGUGUGUGAAGAUCCUCAGGCCUCAACUGGAACAAGAGCACACACACAUCCACUGCCAACAUGAAUGAGAGGCAGGCUCUCCACUCUAUAAUGAAGGACCUGGUGGCUCUUCAGAUGACCCGGAGGCAGCCCAGCUUUGAGGCGCCAAAGCCCAAGCCUGCCGGCCCUCCCAACAGACAGGACGACAUCAGAAUCAAGUUUGAGUAUAAUGGAGAGAGAAGGAUUCUGAUGUUCGGACGGCCUGUGCAGUUUGAGGAAGUCCACCAGAAAGUUAAGACUGUGUUUGGUCAGCAGUUAGACCUGCACUACAUGAACAAUGAGUUGUCAAUCCCCCUACGGAACCAGGAUGACCUGGACAAAGCCAUUGACCUCCUGGACCGCAGCUCAAACAUGAAGAGCAUCAAGAUCAUGCUGCUGAACCAAGAGCACAGCAACGCACCCUCGCCUUCGCACCAUGCGGUAUGCAAGCAGGUGCGCAUCAAGGCCUCCCAGUCCACAGGAGACGUCAGCACAGCAUACCAGUCCUCCGAGCCUAGGGGGCGCCACCCCUCCACCAGCUCACAGAACACUGGGCGGAGCUCCCCGCCCCCUGGCUACGUUCCCGAGCGGCAGCAGCGCAUCGCGCGCCAAGGCUCCUACACCAGCAUCAACAGUGAGGGCGAGUUCAUCCCGGAGACCGGAGACCCCUGUGUGCUCGGGCCCUGGAGUAGUGCUGAAAACUCUGUGUCUGGCAGCUGUCAAUCACUGGACAGCAACUCAGACAGCCCAUCCCUCAGGAAGUCGCGCAUGCAUCGAGCGAAGAGUUACCCAGACAACCGCCAGGAAUUUGCAGACCGUGAGAAUCAAGUUUAUGACAAGGUCGGGAAGGGUGGAACGUAUCCACGGAGAUACCAUGUCUCCCUGCACCACAAGGACCUCAGUGAAGGGCGGCGCACGUUUCCGCGGAUACGGCGGCCACAGGGGAACCUGUUCACGCUGGUGCCGUCGCGCCGCUCGCUGAACGGGAGUGAGGAGAGCCUGAGCAGCUGGCAGCUGGUGGACACCCAGGGGCGCCUCCGCCCGCAGGACAGACCCGUGGCCCACAAGUCCCCUAGUGCCCCUCUCACGUGGCGGAGGGGCAAGCUGCUGGGCCAGGGCGCCUUCGGGAGGGUCUACCUCUGCUACGACGUGGACACGGGCCGGGAGCUGGCAGCCAAGCAGGUCACGUUCGACCCAGACAGCCCUGAGACCAGCAAGGAGGUCAGUGCUUUGGAGUGUGAGAUUCAGCUGCUGAAGAACCUGCACCACGAGCGCAUCGUGCAGUACUAUGGUUGCCUGAGGGACCAUAACGAGAAGACCCUCACCAUCUUCAUGGAGUACAUGCCAGGGGGCUCGGUGAAGGACCAGCUGAAGGCCUACGGGGCGCUGACGGAGAACGUGACCCGCAAGUACACGCGGCAGAUCCUGGAAGGCAUGUCCUACCUCCACAGCAACAUGAUCGUCCACAGGGACAUCAAAGGUGCCAACAUCCUGCGGGACUCGGUGGGCAACGUGAAGCUGGGCGACUUCGGGGCCAGCAAGCGGCUGCAGACCAUCUGCAUGUCCAGCACGGGCAUCCGCUCGGUCACGGGCACGCCCUACUGGAUGAGCCCCGAGGUGAUCAGCGGCGAGGGCUACGGGCGCAAGGCCGACGUCUGGAGUCUGGGCUGCACUGUGGUGGAGAUGUUGACUGAGAAGCCCCCCUGGGCUGAAUUUGAGGCCAUGGCGGCCAUCUUUAAGAUUGCCACACAGCCCACCAACCCCAUCCUGCCGUCCCACAUCUCUGAGCACACGCGCGACUUUGUGCACCGCAUCUUCGUGGAGGCCAAGCACCGGCCCAGCGCCGAGGAGCUCCUCCGGCACCCCUUCUCUCAGAUCCAGUGCUGAGGAGGCCACCAUCCCCUGACUCGUCUACCCGCUUCCCAGGCUUUGAGGCCUACAGCAGCAUCCCUCCAGAUGGACUACAGACCUGGAGCUUAAGGUUAUGUUUAACAUGAACUGUCAAAGAGCCUUCCUCCAGGACCGCUAAAUCCACAGCACUACCAAAUGUUCACAAGUACCACAACACCAACGGCAACACACAUCACCUAUCAACCACAAUCCGGUCACAAGAUGUUUGCCUAGUCCAGUUCGGGAUGUCAUGUAUUUCCUGUUUGCUGAACAGCAGGUGGCGCCACAGGAUGCGGUUACGUUCAACCUACAAGGAGAUGAACCAGACAAUUGUGUUGCAUGUCCAGGGGAGCUUGUAGCCCCCUAUGUUAUCAAAUGAGUAAUUGAUUGGCAAACACACACACAUACACACACACACUGUGAGGGACAUGUUUCAUUUCUAUACUCAUAUGUGCAUAUACAUGCAGGCAUAGGAUGCCUGUGAGCUGACUGUUACAGAGCUGAACGGGUACAAAAUGUUAAAGCCUCUCCCUCUCUACAUUUGUGCCAAAGUGACUAGUUGUCCUAUGCAAAAGUAUUCACACCUCGCACGGCCACAAUUGUCAUAAGAUGACAGAUAUGAUUGACGCUUAAUUUUCUUUAUUUUUUUUUCGCCUUUUCUUCAUCCCGUCCAACAGGUUUAAAUUAUUUAAGUGUCUUAAGGACUUUUUUUCUGUUUUUGUUUUGUGUUUUAUUUUUUGUUUCUAUUUGUAUAGAUGAGUGUCAUUAGCCAAACAGAGGAACAUUUUAGCUAGGCAGUUUUUGAUAAGCUUUAGGUUUGACCUCUGUUUGACCCCUGCUGCAGCUGCCUAACUCAGCAUGUUCUUUAACCUCCAGCAGUGGAGUGCUCCAGGGUUGUCAUAGAGACACAAAUUACCCAACACAGGGAUGAAUGCUGUUGCUUGCCCGAAGGCGCUGUGGUUACCAUGGUUACAUACAUAACGUAUGUGUGGAAGUUCUCUACAGGUCUUCUUAGCCUUUGCUGCUGCCUGAUGGUAUGGCCGUAUGGGAGGACCCUUAGCUGUGCUGGGAGAGUUGCUGGAGCGGCCUGUGCCUUAUGGGCAUGCCUCUGUGCUUGCAGUUGAAGUUAGGCACUUGGUCCUCUAAGAGGAUUUAUAGCGUAGACAGCUUAGUAUUUCUCUCAUUGAUAUGAGGGGAAACCAAAGACAAAUAGCCGAUGAAAUGUCAUGCCGUGCCGUGUUGGUUACGGAAGUACAUUUCCGUUUCGGUUAAGACAGAUUUAUUAAGCUAGUGACGGCUUAAACGGCUUCCGGUCAUGUGGGUCUGGGAGUUGUUUGGAGAUUGACACACACCCUUGACACGGAGCCUCAAGAUGCAUCACACUUGGGGUUAUAGUUAGUUUAGUAGUCACUUCUGUUAUCCCAGGUUUAAAAAACUGAAGGUGAGUGUUACUAUGUCGGAGUAACCAGUGUUCAAUGUGCCACUGGUGAUCAGGCUACAGUAUGUCAGAGUAACCAGGGUUCAAUGUGCCACUGGUGAUCAGGCUACAGUAUGUCAGAGUAACCAGGGUUCAAUGUGCCACUGGUGAUCAGGCUACAGAGAGGUGCACCGCUCUGAGGGGUGUGCUCAUCUAUCAUGUGAGUGUUCCGUGUGAUCUUACUGGUCUGGUUCUGUUGUGUUUAAAUGACACGCUGUUAGGAACAGACACAUUGUGGUCUUCCGACUAGGUGUCAUCUACACCUUUUAAACAUGGUGUCUGAUUGUAGUUCAGUCCAGAAUCCAGAAUAGAUCAAACCUAAACCAGCUCAGAAAGAUAGGGCAGCAGGUAAAUGUAUUGAGAUCUUCUUGCAGAAAUGUACUUCCCGAACCAUGUAGGGAAAGAGCACGUCCUUUCCCAUAUGCAGAAAAAAUAACUGUUGCAAUCUAUCAUUUCUUUUUGGUUGUUAUUGUUUUGUUGUUUCUGUUUUAUAUGUGAUGCCACAGCAUGGUAAAACCUAAAGUGCCUUUAUUUUUGUUUAAAUGUAGAUAAUCUGCCACAUGUAUGUCAAAGACAAAGGUUAGUGGUCCUUCUCACUUAAGGAGAGGGGUUUGUGCCUUAAACUCAAUUCAGCAGUGUUUUUUUUUAAACCCAUUUGGAUCAUAGCACUUUUGAAAAUGAAUGUUCCAUUGCUGUUUCUUUACCAUUUGUGUUUUACUUCAGUCUUUGGGUUUUAUUAUGCUUUAAUGUGAAAUCCGUCAAUUUAUUUAUAUCUCGUGUUUGGCCAAAUGUUUGUUUUUUUAUCUCUUCUUUUUUUGUGCAUUUAAAAAAAAAAAAAAACAAACGAGCAUAAAUAUAUUUUUAUAUAUUUGAUAAGAUACUGAGACUAGACCAAUCAACAUCUGAGUAAGCUUAUGUUAGAAAAUCUGAAAUUUCUACUGUUUUAUAGAAAAAGGACAUAAAAGAAGUAGUUACAAAUACUAAAAGCAGCUGGUUUUGCAGAAUUGAAAACACAAAUUGUGUGUGUGUGUAUUUGUGUAAAGGGCUGGGUGAAGUGUGAGCUCUCGAUGGCCAAUCCUGUACCGAGGCUGGGCUUCGGCUACCUGGUAAAUUGCAAGUGGGUCCAUGACAGAUAGGUAGAGAAUGAGUUCUUAGUCACGUGUGAUGGAGUGAGUUCUAAGUCAUGUGUGAUGGAAUGAGUUCUUAGUCACGUGUGAUGGAGUGAGUUCUAAGUCAUGUGUGAUGGAAUGAGUUCUUAGUCACGUGUGAUGGAGUGAGUUCUAAGUCACGUGUGAUGGAGUGAGUUCUUAAUCACGUGUGAUGGAGUGAGUUCUAAGUCACGUGUGAUGGAGUGAGUUCUAAGUCACGUGUGAUGGAGUGAGUUCUAAGUCAUGUGUGAUGGAGUGAGUUCUAAGUGUGUCUGUGUGUGGUGUUGUCUGUCGGAGCACUGAGCGUGCGUGAGGAAGAUGUUGGGAAGAGAGUGUGAAUGGUUUUGCAUGGAUGUGGUCAAGUCAAGAGUGGAAGUCAGCUAGACUGCUCAGAAGUUAAUGGGAGUGGGCCCUCUUUUCACCGGGGAGUUUUGUAAAAGAUUAUAAAGAAGAGAGACGAGUGUAGCCCGGCUGCCUGGUACAGCCUUGGCCACCAGAGGGCGCUCUUUCACCCGGCUCCACGACGACUUUGUUUAGCGCAGGGUUCUGGGGGUCCUCCUGCCGCAGCAAUCUGACCACAGCGCCACCUAGUGCCUCUUUUGUGUUGCAGCAUAUCAUUUGUCUCUUUUAUUACAUUGUUUUUUUUGUUUGUUUGUUUUUUGUUUUUUAUUGUCUCUAUAGUCUGUCUCUCUCUACUGAAGACAGGACUAAACUAAAGAAUUAUUUUCUUGGGAUGUUAAAGACGUUUUGCUCAUGACUCGAGUGAGAUUAAAAGGCUGCUAGAGUGAGUGACUCAAGGCAGCUAGAAAUCAGUAUUCACAAUGUUCUGGAAGACCCCUUUUUUGAUAAAGAAAGAUAAAACUUUUUAAAAGUGAACCCUGAGGUAAGCAGAAGAUUCCCAACUGAUGAAUUUCUAUAUAAAUACAUGAAUGAAUAUGUAUCAUGACGGUGGACUUGCAGUGCAAAGUCCAGUGUAUCAAAGUCAUUUACAAUAAAAAAAGCAUUAUGUUGAAA